AACAACAGGAGUGGAGCAGAGUGAGACAGGCUCGGUAGUCUUUUGUUGUUUGUUGGUGUAAGCGGAGGACACGAGGAGCGGGACAAACUUCACCGCGAUGCUGCCGCUGCUUUUUCUCCUGCUCGCCUGCAGCGGGGCGAAAGGCUCUCCUCAGGACUGGAGCGAGGAUGCUUGUGAACCUGUGCUCUGUGACACUGGGGAAGACUGCAAUAUUGCACAAGAUGAUUCCAUCCCAACAUCGUCAUCAUCAGAUGGGAAUGAGCUUCCAUCAGGGCCUUGCCAGCCCAACCCAUGUCACAAUGGAGGAGUGUGUGAGACCACUGAUGCUCAUGGAGGAGAAAUGUACAUGGGCUACCUGUGCCACUGCUCACCUGGAUACACCGGAGUCCACUGUCAGCAUGAUGUGAAUGAGUGUGAGAGUGGCCCUUGUCAGAAUGGAGGAGUGUGUACAGAUCUGAAGGCCAACUACACAUGCGUGUGUCCAGGAGAAUACACAGGCCGCAACUGCCAGCACAAGUGUUCUGGACCUCUGGGCAUGGAGGGAGGCAUCAUCUCCAAUGAGCAGCUGUCUGCCUCUUCCACGGACAGCACCAUGUUUGGCCUUCAUCACUGGCAUCCACAUCUGGCUCGCCUGAACAAGAGAGGCAUGGUGAAUGCCUGGAGCCCAGCAGAGACCGACCGACGGCCCUGGAUACAGGUGAACCUGCAGCAGCGUAUGCGUAUCACUGGUGUGCUUACCCAGGGCGCUCGGCGGAUGGGGAGCUCAGAGUUUGUGAAGUCAUUUAAGGUAGGCCACGGGAAUGAUGGAAAGACCUGGAAAAUGGUGAAACUCGAGGGCAGCAGCCAGGACAUGAUUUUCCAUGGAAACACAGAAAAUAGUGCUCCCAUGGCUAAUGCUUUUUCUCCACCAAUUGAAGCCCAGUAUAUCAGACUUUACCCACAAGCCUGCAGGGGCCACUGCACGCUUCGCAUGGAGCUGAUGGGAUGUGAGCUCACUGGCUGCUCAGAGCCACUGGGGCUGAAGUCAGGCCAUGUUCUGGAUUCGCAGCUAUCUGCCUCCUCUGUGUAUCGCACCCUGGGAAUGGAGCUGCUGUCCUGGAGGCCUGAACAGGCCAGACUGGAUCGGAAAGGCAAGGUCAAUGCAUGGACGGCUGCCUGGAACAACCAGAAACAGUGGAUACAGGUGGACCUGCUGGCUCCCACCAACAUCACAGGGGUGAUAACUCAAGGUGCCAGGGACUUUGGGCUGGUUCAGUUUGUCAGCUCCUACAAGCUGGCCCACAGUGAUGAUGCAGUCAGCUGGACAGUCUACCAGGACGAGUCACAGCACACAGACAAGAUUUUCCAGGGGAACUCGGAUAGUGACACACACAGGAAGAACUCCAUUGAUCCACCAAUAUAUGGCCGUUUCCUGCGGCUCCUUCCGUGGUCGUGGUACGGACGCAUCACACUCAGGAUGGAGCUUCUGGGCUGCUCGGAGGAGGAAUGAACAUCAGCACCCCUCUGUCUGUUCUUCCUUUGCAUUUCUUUUCCCUGUCACUUCCUAUCAUUUCCUCUCUUACUUACAAUGAAAUGGGGCAAAUUUGAACAAUCAGUGUUUAGAAAAAGCAUAGAAAAACACUAAAUCAGCACAGCAGGUUCUAUUCUGAGCCCUUUCUCCUUUGAAAACAUGCUCUCAUAUAACUAAACUGCAUUCUCAAUUACGUUUCAACAGGAAUGUAUUUUUGUCAAGGAUUACAUUUGUUUGUAAUGUAUCACAAGAACGUUUCUAAUCUCUUGGAGGAGAGAUCAAACAGCCAGUUUUAAUACAUGCAAACAUUAUGUACGUCACAUUACAUUAUUAUAAGAAAGUGGUUUUAUAUGCCUAAACAUAACCUCCUCCCUAACCUUAACCAAGUAGUUUUUAUACCUAAAGCUAACCUUUCCCUAACUUUAACCAAGUAGUUUUGGUGG